ACCGGGCUGCCAAUCUGCUGCAGAGAGGGAGCGACACGGUCGCCCAGAACAGAGCUGAGGCGGCUGGCUUCGGGUCGCUCGCACUUUCUUCCCUUCCCUAGCGCUCCAGCUCGGCGUGGGUGCAUCUCGCUCAGCUGCAACCGCCUCCUCUGCUGUCCCCGCGGGGGUGCUUCCUUCUCCUCCUACUGCCGCACCGCCGGCCAACCCGGGCAGCAGAGGCAGCAGAGCCCGGGAAGCAAGAGAGAGCCAUGGCCGAAGUGGGCGAAGGCGAGGACGAGAUACAGUUCCUACGAACUGAUGAUGAAGUGGUUCUGCAGUGCACUGCUACUGUUCAGAAAGAACAACAGAAAUUGUGCCUUGCUGCAGAAGGGUUUGGCAACAGGCUCUGCUUCUUGGAAUCCACGUCAAAUUCUAAGAAUGUUCCACCGGAUCUCUCCAUCUGCACUUUUGUACUGGAACAGUCUUUGUCAGUGCGGGCUCUCCAGGAAAUGCUGGCUAACACAGAGGAGAAAGCAGAAGGGCUAGUUGAUGUGGAAAAAUGGAAGUUUAUGAUGAAGACUGCUCAAGGUGGUGGUCAUCGAACGCUCCUCUAUGGACAUGCAAUAUUGCUGCGCCAUUCUUACAGUGGAAUGUAUCUGUGUUGCCUCUCCACAUCACGGACAUCAAUGGAUAAAUUAGCAUUUGAUGUGGGCUUGCAGGAAGAUACUACUGGUGAGGCCUGUUGGUGGACUAUACACCCAGCUUCCAAACAGCGUUCAGAAGGAGAAAAAGUGCGUGUUGGGGAUGAUCUUAUCUUAGUCAGUAUCUCUUCUGAAAGGUAUUUGCAUUUAUCUUAUGGCAAUGACAGCUUGCGUGUUGAUGCAGCCUUCCAACAAACACUUUGGAGUGUAGCACCUAUCAGCUCAGGAAGUGAAGUAGCUCAAGGUUAUCUGAUAGGUGGUGAUGUGCUGAGGUUAUUACAUGGCCACAUGGAUGAAUGCCUGACCGUCCCUUCAGGAGAACAUGGAGAAGAGCAGAGAAGAACUGUGCAUUAUGAAGGUGGUCCUGUGUCAAUUCAUGCACGCUCUCUUUGGAGACUGGAGACACUGAGGGUUGCGUGGAGUGGAAGUCACAUUCGAUGGGGGCAGCCAUUCAGACUAAGGCAUAUAACCACAGGGAAAUAUUUAAGCCUCAUGGAUGACAAGAGUCUUCUUCUAACAGACAAAGAGAAAGCUGAUGUGAAAUCUACAGCUUUUUGCUUUCGGUCUUCCAAGGAAAAGUUGGAUGUGGCGAUAAGAAAAGAAGUAGAUGGAAUGGGAGCACCUGAAAUAAAAUAUGGGGAUUCAGUCUGUUUCAUACAGCAUGCUGACACGGGUUUGUGGCUUACAUACCAAUCAGUGGAUGCAAAGUCUGCGAGAAUGGGAUCUGUACAACGUAAAGCUAUCAUGCACCAUGAAGGCCAUAUGGACGAUGGUCUAACAUUGUCCAGAUCUCAGCAUGAAGAGUCACGUACAGCACGAGUAAUUCGUAGUACAGUCUUCCUUUUCAAUAGGUUCAUAAGGGGCCUUGAUGCUCUCAGCAAGAAAGCAAAGUCUUCCAUUGUUGACUUACCCAUUGAGUCAGUCAGCCUUAGCCUCCAGGAUUUGAUUGGUUACUUCCAUCCACCUGAUGAACAUUUAGAACAUGAAGAGAAGCAGAAUCGACUAAGAGCACUGAAGAAUCGGCAGAAUCUCUUCCAGGAAGAGGGUAUGAUCAGCUUGGUGCUUGAAUGUAUUGAUCGCUUACAUGUUUAUAGCAGUGCAGCCCACUUUGCUGAUGUUGCUGGGAAGGAGGCAGGAGAGACUUGGAAGUCGAUUCUAAACUCAUUAUAUGAAUUAUUAGCGGCUUUGAUUAGGGGGAAUCGUAAAAACUGUGCCCAGUUUUCUGGAUCUUUGGAUUGGUUGAUCAGCAGACUGGAGAGACUAGAAGCAUCUUCUGGAAUUCUUGAAGUUUUGCACUGUGUGUUGGUGGAAAGCCCAGAAGCACUAAAUAUUAUUAAGGAAGGACAUAUUAAAUCAAUUAUAAGUCUUUUGGACAAACAUGGACGAAACCAUAAGGUUUUAGAUGUAUUGUGUUCCCUCUGUGUGUGUCAUGGAGUAGCAGUACGGUCUAAUCAGCAUUUGAUAUGUGAUAAUCUUUUACCUGGAAGAGAUCUUCUUUUACAAACACGUCUUGUCAACCAUGUGAGCAGCAUGAGACCAAAUAUUUUUCUUGGAAUCAGUGAAGGCUCUGCUCAGUACAGGAAAUGGUAUUAUGAGCUAAUGGUAGACCAUGUGGAACCAUUUACAACAGCAGAAGCUACUCACAUCCGUGUGGGCUGGGCUUCAACAGAGGGUUAUUCCCCAUACCCUGUGGGAGGAGAAGAAUGGGGAGGUAAUGGUGUUGGUGAUGACCUAUACUCUUACAGUUUUGAUGGACUUCAUCUGUGGUCAGGUUGUGUAGCAAGAUGUGUCAAUUCUCCUUACCAGCAUCUGCUAAGGACUGAUGAUGUUAUCAGCUGUUGCCUUGACCUGAGUGCUCCAAGCAUUUCAUUCCGGAUAAAUGGGCAGCCAGUUCAAGGGAUGUUUGAGAAUUUCAACACAGAUGGCCUUUUCUUUCCAGUUGUCAGCUUCUCUGCAGGGAUAAAGGUACGUUUUUUGCUUGGAGGCCGCCAUGGGGAAUUUAAAUUCCUUCCACCUCCAGGGUAUGCACCUUGUUUUGAAGCAAUUCUGCCAAAGGAGAAGUUGAAAGUGGAACAUAGCCGAGAAUACAAACAAGACCGUGGCUACACGAGAGACUUGUUGGGUCCAAAUAUCUCUUUGUCACAAGCAGCUUUCACUCCAGUACCUGUAGAUACCAGUCAGAUUGUGUUGCCUCCACAUCUGGAAAGAAUUAGAGAAAAACUAGCUGAGAAUAUCCAUGAAAUUUGGGUCAUGAAUAAAAUUGAACUUGGCUGGCAGUAUGGUCCGGUUAGAGAUGACAACAAGCGGCAGCAUCCAUGUUUGGUAGAGUUUGCAAAACUGCCAGAACAAGAGCGGAAUUAUAAUCUCCAAAUGUCAUUAGAAACACUGAAAACCUUGUUGGCAUUAGGUUGUCAUGUUGGAAUUGCAGAUGAGCAUGCUGAAGAAAGAGUAAAGAAGCUGAAACUUCCAAAGAAUUACCUAUUGUCUAGUGGAUAUAAACCUGCUCCCAUGGAUUUGAGUUGUAUAAAGCUGACACCCUCUCAGGAAGCCAUGGUUGAUAAGCUGGCAGAAAAUGCUCACAAUGUAUGGGCAAGAGAUCGUAUCAGACAGGGUUGGACUUACGGAAUCCAGCAGGAUGUGAAAAACCGCCGAAACCCUCGCCUUGUCCCCUAUGCACUUCUAGAUGAUCGCACUAAGAAAUCAAACAAAGAUAGUCUCCGAGAGGCAGUUCGUACACUCAUUGGCUAUGGUUAUAACCUUGAGGCUCCUGAUCAAGAUCAUGCCACAAGGCCAGAUGUAUUCUGUGGUAUGAUGGAAAAGUUCCGAAUCUUUCGUACAGAGAAGACAUAUGCAGUGAAAACUGGGAAAUGGUACUUGGAGUUUGAAGCAGUGACUUCAGGAGACAUGAGAGUAGGCUGGGCCAGGCCAGGUUGCCAACCAGACCAAGAACUUGGGUCUGAUGAGCAAGCAUUUGUCUUUGAUGGAUUCAAGGCACAACGCUGGCACCAGGGAAAUGAGCAUUUUGGUCGUUCUUGGCUGGCAGGAGACAUCGUUGGUUGUCUGGUUGACAUGAAUGAGCAUACUAUGAUGUUCACCUUGAAUGGUGAAAUCCUUCUUGAUGAUUCUGGUUCAGAGCUUGCAUUCAAGGACUUUGAGGUUGGUGAUGGCUUUACACCUGCAUGCAGUCUGGGCUUGUCACAAGUGGGCAGAAUGAAUUUUGGCAAAGAUGUCAGCACUCUGAAAUAUUUCACUAUUUGUGGAUUACAAGAAGGCUAUGAACCCUUUGCAGUCAAUACUAACAGGGACAUCACCAUGUGGCUGAGCAAGAGACUACCUCAGUUUCUUCCAGUACCACCAAAUCAUGAACAUAUUGAGGUUACAAGAAUAGAUGGCACAGCAGACAGCUCUCCGUGCUUGAAGGUCACACAGAAGUCAUUUGGAUCUCAAAAUAGUAAAACAGACAUCAUGUUCUAUCGUCUCAGUAUGCCUAUUGAAUGUGCAGAGAUAUUCUCUAAAAUGUCUGGAGGAGGGUUGCCAAGUUCUAGUCUUUUUGGUCCAAAGAAUGACUUGGAUGAAUUUGAUGCUGAUUCUGACUUUGAAGUCCUAAUGAAAACUGCUCAUGGCCAUCUGGUACCUGAUCGUACAGAAAAAGAAGCUAUAAAACCAGAGUUUAAUAACCAUAAAGACUAUACACAAGAAAAACCUUCACGUCUCAAGCAAAGAUUUAUGCUGAGAAGGACAAAGCCUGACUACAGCACAAGCCAUUCUGCAAGGCUCACCGAAGAUGUCCUAGCAGAUGAAAGAGAUGACUAUGAUUUCUUAAUGCAAACAUCUACAUACUAUUAUUCUGUACGUAUUUUUCCGGGUCAAGAACCUGCUAAUGUCUGGGUAGGCUGGAUUACAUCUGAUUUCCAUCAGUACGACACGAAUUUUGAUUUGGACAGAGUCCGCACUGUUACAGUAACCUUAGGAGAUGAAAAAGGGAAAGUUCAUGAGAGUAUCAAAAGAAGCAACUGCUAUAUGGUGUGUGCAGGAGAGAGCAUGAGUCCAGGCCAAGGACGGAAUAACAAUGGAUUAGAGAUUGGUUGUUUGGUUGAUGCUGCGACUGGUCUCCUCUCUUUCAUGGCUAAUGGCAAAGAGUUAAGCACAUAUUAUCAGGUUGAACCAAGCACCAAAUUAUUUCCUGCAGUAUUUGCACAAGCUACAAGCCCCAAUGUUUUCCAGUUUGAGCUUGGAAGAAUAAAGAAUGUAAUGCCACUAUCAGCUGGGUUGUUCAAGAGCGAGCACAAAAACCCAGUCCCCCAGUGUCCUCCCCGUCUCCAUGUUCAGUUUCUGACACCUGUACUUUGGAGCAGAGUACCAAACCAUUUUCUGAAGGUGGAUGUAUCACGAAUCAGUGAGCGUCAAGGCUGGUCAAUACAAUGUCUGGAGCCUUUACAGUUCAUGUCCCUCCAUAUCCCAGAGGAAAACAGGUCGAUAGAUAUUUUAGAGCUGACGGAACAAGAAGAGUUGUUAAAAUUUCACUAUCACACUCUCCGAUUGUACUCAGCUGUUUGUGCUCUCGGAAAUAAUCGAGUUGCACAUGCAAUGUGCAGUCAUGUUGAUGAGUCUCAACUUCUGUAUGCAAUUGAGAACAAAUAUAUUCCAGGCUUGUUGCGUGCAGGAUAUUAUGACCUUCUGAUUGACAUUCACCUUAACACCUAUGCCACUGCAAGGCUGAUGAUGAACAAUGAAUUUAUUGUUCCAAUGACAGAUGAGACAAAAAGCAUUACUCUUUUUCCAGAUGAAAAUAAAAAGCAUGGCCUCCCUGGAAUUGGGCUCAGCACCUCCCUGCGACCCAGAAUGCAAUAUUCUUCUCCCAGUUUUGUAAGAAUUAACAAUGAAUGCUACCAGUAUAGUCCUGAAUUUCCUCUGGAAAUUUUGAAGGCUAAAACCAUAGAGAUGCUGACAGAGGCUGUUCAGGAAGGCAGUCUCCAUGUCAGAGAUCCUGUAGGUGGAACUACAGAAUUUUUAUUUGUUCCUUUAAUCAAGCUUUUUUAUACCCUGCUUAUCAUGGGAGUAUUCCAAAAUGGAGAUCUGAAACAUAUAUUACAACUAAUAGAACCUAGUGUUUUUAAGGAAGACACUGGCCAUGAGGAUGGGAUACAAGUACCAGAGAAAGGAUUUGUUACAGAAGGGCUAAAUUUGGAAGGAGGACAGGAAGAAAACAAAGAGAAGGUCCCAAAGGAAGGACUUCUUCAAAUGAAGCUUCCUGAGCCUGUGAAAUUGCAGAUGUGUCAUUUACUUCAGUACCUUUGUGAUUGCCAGAUACGCCACCGAAUAGAAGCCAUUGUAGCAUUUUCAGAUGACUUUGUAGCAAAACUUCAAGAGAAUCAGCGUUUCCGAUAUAAUGAAGUUAUGCAAGCAUUAAACAUGUCUGCUGCAUUGACAGCCAAGAAGACAAAAGAGUUUCGGUCCCCACCACAGGAACAGAUAAAUAUGCUGCUGAAUUUUAAGGAUGAUAAAAAUGACUGUCCUUGUCCUGAAGAAAUUAGGGAUCAACUCUUGGAUUUUCAUGAAGACCUGAUGGCUCAUUGUGGAAUUCAACUAGGUGAAGAUGGAAGUUUAGAUGCAAAUAGUGACUUAACUAUUAAAGGUCGCCUCCUAUAUCUUGUUGAAAGGGUUACACAUCUGAAAAAGAAACAAGCAGAAAAGCCACUUGAUGAUGAUGCUAAGAAACCAUCAACUCUCCAGCAACUCAUUUCAGAGACAAUGGUACGCUGGGCCCAAGAAUCAGUAAUAGAGGAUCCAGAAUUGGUGAGGGGCAUGUUUGUUCUGCUGCACCGCCAGUAUGAUGGAGUUGGUGGUCUGGUUCGAGCUUUGCCAAAAACAUAUACUAUAAAUGGUGUAUCUGUCGAAGAUACAAUCAGCUUGCUGGCAUCUCUUGGCCAAAUCCGUUCUCUCCUCAGUGUCAGAAUGGGCAAGGAAGAAGAGAAACUUAUGAUUCGUGGAUUAGGGGACAUCAUGAACAAUAAAGUUUUUUACCAACAUCCUAACCUUAUGAGGGCAUUGGGGAUGCAUGAGACUGUUAUGGAAGUUAUGGUGAAUGUACUUGGAGGGGGCGAGUCAAAGGAAAUCACCUUUCCUAAGAUGGUGGCAAAUUGCUGUCGUUUUCUGUGUUAUUUUUGCCGCAUCAGCAGACAGAACCAAAAGGCUAUGUUUGAUCAUCUUAGCUAUCUUUUGGAAAAUAGCAGUGUUGGCCUUGCAUCCCCUUCUAUGCGUGGAUCAACACCUUUAGAUGUGGCAGCAGCAUCUGUAAUGGAUAAUAAUGAACUUGCUUUAGCUUUAAGGGAGCCUGAUCUUGAGAAGGUAGUCCGGUACUUGGCUGGAUGUGGUUUGCAAAGCUGCCCUUUGCUGAUUUCAAAAGGAUACCCAGAUAUUGGAUGGAAUCCAGUAGAAGGAGAACGAUACUUGGAUUUUCUUCGUUUUGCUGUGUUUUGCAAUGGAGAAAGUGUUGAAGAGAAUGCUAAUGUGGUGGUCAGACUACUUAUUCGACGUCCUGAGUGUUUUGGGCCAGCACUGAGAGGAGAAGGUGGGAAUGGCCUGCUUGCUGCCAUGGAAGAAGCCAUACACAUAUCAGAAGAUCCUACAAGAGAUGGACCGUCAUCAAGUAAUGGAACCAGUAGAACAUUAAGUGAAGUGGAAGAAGAGGAUGACACAAUUCACACGGGAAAUGCCAUCAUGACUUUUUAUGCUGCUUUGAUUGAUCUCUUAGGACGCUGUGCUCCAGAAAUGCAUCUAAUCCAUGCUGGCAAAGGUGAAGCUAUUAGAAUCAGAUCUAUUCUACGGUCUUUGAUUCCCUUAGAAGAUUUGGUGGGUGUAAUUAGCAUUCCUUUCCACAUGCCAACAAUAGCAAAAGAUGGUACUGUGGUGGAACCUGAUAUGUCAGAGGGGUUUUGCCCAGACCACAAGGCAGCCAUGGUAUUGUUCCUUGAUAGGGUCUAUGGAAUUGAAAAUCAGGAUUUUCUUCUACAUCUUCUAGAAGUUGGCUUUCUGCCAGAUCUUCGUGCAGCUGCUUCAUUAGAUACGGUUGCUCUGAGUGCCACAGAUAUGGCCUUGGCCCUCAAUCGGUACCUCUGUACUGCUGUUUUGCCUUUGCUGACUAGAUGUGCUCCUCUUUUUGCUGGCACCGAACAUCAUGCUUCCCUUAUAGAUUCCUUGUUGCAUACUGUAUACCGACUCUCCAAGGGCUGCUCUCUUACCAAAGCUCAGCGGGACUCUAUUGAAGAGUGCCUACUCUCCAUUUGUGGUCAACUCCGGCCUUCAAUGAUGCAACAUUUGUUGAGAAGAUUAGUAUUUGAUAUUCCACUAUUAAAUGAACAUGUAAAGAUGCCUCUCAAGCUGCUGACAAAUCAUUAUGAAAGAUGCUGGAAGUAUUAUUGCUUACCAGGAGGAUGGGGCAACUUUGGUGCUGCUUCAGAAGAGGAACUUCAUCUGUCCAGAAAAUUGUUCUGGGGUAUAUUUGAUGCCUUGUCUCAAAAGAAAUAUGAACAAGAACUAUUCAAACUAGCUUUGCCCUGCCUGAGUGCAGUGGCUGGUGCUUUGCCUCCUGAUUAUAUGGAAUCAAAUUAUGUUGGUGUAAUGGAAAAACAGGCUUCCAUGGAUUCAGAUGGGAACUUUAACCCACAACCUGUUGAAACUUCUAACAUCACAAUUCCUGAAAAACUGGAUUACUUUAUUAACAAAUAUGCAGAACAUUCCCAUGAUAAAUGGUGUAUGGAAAAGUUUGCAAAUGGGUGGAUGUAUGGUGAAACAUACUCAGAGUCUUCCAAAGUGCAGCCAUUAAUGAAGCAGUAUAAACUCUUAUCAGAAAAGGAAAAAGAAAUUUAUAGAUGGCCAAUCAAAGAGUCUCUGAAAACCAUGCUUGCUUGGGGAUGGAGGAUUGAAAGAACAAGGGAAGGAGAUACUAUGGCUCUUUAUAAUAGGCCACGCCGUAUUUCACAGACAAGUCAGGUUUCUGUGGAUACUGCCCAUGGCUAUAUUCCCCGUGCAAUAGAUAUGAGUAAUGUUACCCUCUCCAGAGAGUUGCAUGCUAUGGCUGAAAUGAUGGCUGAAAACUAUCACAACAUAUGGGCAAAGAAAAAGAAAAUGGAGCUUGAAGCAAAAGUGGGAGGAGGAAACCAUCCCUUACUUGUUCCUUAUGAUACACUGACAGCUAAAGAAAAGGCCAAGGACAGAGAGAAAGCACAGGAUAUUCUUAAAUUUCUACAAAUCAAUGGAUAUGUUGUCUCCAGAGGUCUAAAAGAUCUAGAAUUAGACACACCUUCCAUUGAGAAAAGAUUUGCUUACAGUUUUCUUCAGCAGCUGAUAAGAUAUGUAGAUGAAGCCCAUCAAUAUAUUCUGGAGUUUGAUGGUGGCAGCAGAGGCAAAGGAGAACAGUUUCCUUAUGAGCAAGAAAUUAAGUUCUUUGCUAAAGUUGUACUCCCUUUAAUUGAUCAGUAUUUCAAAAAUCAUCGCCUGUAUUUCCUAUCUGCAGCAAGCCGGCCUCUCAGCAGUGGGGGGCAUGCCUCUAACAAGGAGAAAGAAAUGGUAACAAGCCUGUUCUGCAAACUUGGAGUUCUUGUCAGGCAUAGGAUUUCACUGUUUGGAAAUGAUGCAACUUCAAUAGUCAACUGUCUUCAUAUUCUGGGCCAGACCCUGGAUGCAAGAACAGUGAUGAAGACAGGUCUGGAGAGUGUUAAGAUGGCUCUGAGGACAUUUUUGGAUAAUGCUGCAGAAGAUCUGGAGAAGACAAUGGAGAACCUUAAGCAAGGGCAAUUUACACACACCAGGAGUCAGCCAAAAGGAGUGACACAAAUAAUCAAUUAUACCACUGUGGCUCUUCUGCCAGUGCUAUCUUCUUUAUUUGAACACAUUGGACAGCAUCAAUUUGGAGAAGACCUGAUAUUGGAAGAUGUUCAAGUCUCUUGUUAUAGGAUACUGGCCAGUUUAUAUGCUCUGGGAACCAGCAAGAGUAUCUACGUGGAGCGGCAGCGCUCAGCUUUAGGUGAAUGUUUAGCUGCUUUUGCUGGUGCCUUUCCUGUGGCGUUUUUGGAAACUCAUCUGAACAAACAUAACACUUAUUCUAUUUACAACACCAAGUCUGCAAAAGACAGAGCAGGCCUCAAUUUACCAAACAGUGUAGAAGAGCUUUGCUCAAACAUUCCUUCUCUGGAGAAACUGAUGGAAGAAAUAGUGGAAUUAGCUGAAUCUGGCAUCCGCUAUACCCAAAUGCCUCAUGUAAUGGAAGUAGUUUUGCCCAUGCUGUGUAGCUACAUGUCACAUUGGUGGGAACAUGGGCCAGAAAACAACCUUGACAAGAGUGAAAUGUGCUGCACAGCUUUGACUUCAGAGCAUAUGAAUACCCUUCUGGGAAAUAUAUUGAAAAUCAUACAUAAUAACCUUGGCAUUGAUGAAGGAGCCUGGAUGAAGAGAUUAGCAGUGUUUUCCCAGCCUAUCAUCAGCAAAGUAAAGCCCCAGCUGUUGAAAACCCAUUUUCUGCCACUGAUGGAGAAACUGAAGAAAAAAGCAGCAAUGGUUAUAUCUGAUGAGGAACACUUAAGAGCAGAAGGUAGAGGAGACAUGUCUGAGGCAGAACUCUUAAUCCUAGAUGAGUUCACUACUCUAGCAAGGGAUCUUUAUGCCUUCUACCCAUUGCUGAUAAGAUUUGUGGAUUACAACAGAGCAAAGUGGCUAAAAGAACCCAACCCUGAGGCUGAAGAUUUGUUUCGUAUGGUUGCUGAAGUAUUCAUUUACUGGUCAAAAUCCCAUAAUUUUAAAAGGGAAGAACAGAACUUUGUUGUGCAGAAUGAAAUUAACAACAUGUCUUUCCUUAUUACUGACACAAAGUCCAAGAUGUCCAAGGCAGCUGUUUCUGAUCAGGAAAGGAAAAAAAUGAAGCGGAAAGGUGACCGCUACUCAACACAGACCUCUCUUAUUGUGGCAGCAUUGAAAAGACUGUUACCUGUGGGGCUAAAUAUUUGUGCACCUGGUGACCAAGAAUUAAUUUCACUGGCAAAAAACAGAUUAAGUAUGAAAGACACAGAGGAUGAAGUUCGAGAUAUUAUUCGCAAUAACCUUCAUUUACAGGGCAAGCUGGAAGAUCCCGCCAUUAGGUGGCAGAUGGCUCUUUACAAAGAUUUACCGAACAGGACUGAUGUUACUUCAGAUCCAGAGAAAACAGUGGAAAGGGUUCUGGAUAUAGCCAAUGUACUUUUUCAUCUGGAGCAGGUUGAGCAUCCUCAGAGGUCAAAGAAAGCAGUAUGGCAUAAACUUCUGUCCAAACAGAGAAAACGAGCUGUAGUAGCUUGCUUCAGAAUGGCACCUCUGUAUAAUCUUCCACGGCAUCGGGCUGUCAAUCUUUUUCUUCAAGGAUAUGAAAAGUCCUGGGUUGAAACAGAAGACCACUACUUUGAAGAUACAUUGAUAGAAGAUUUAGCAAAGCCUGGAGAAGAGCUACCAGAUGAAGAUGAAUGCAUUAGAAGAGUUGAUCCAUUGCAUCAACUUAUUUUACUAUUCAGUCGAACAGCGUUAACUGAAAAGUGUAAGUUGGAGGAAGAUUAUCUUUAUAUGGCGUAUGCUGAUAUUAUGGCUAAGAGCUGUCAUGAUGAAGAAGAUGAUGAGGGUGAAGAGGAGGUGAAAAGUUUUGAAGAAAAAGAAAUGGAAAAGCAAAAGCUCCUGUACCAGCAAGCAAGACUACAUGAUCGAGGAGCUGCUGAGAUGGUCCUUCAGACAAUAAGUGCUAGCAAAGGAGAGAUGGGGCCAAUGGUUGCAGCAACCUUAAAACUUGGGAUUGCCAUCUUGAAUGGUGGAAAUUCUACUGUUCAGCAGAAAAUGCUUGACUACCUCAAAGACAAAAAGGAUGUAGGCUUCUUUCAGAGUCUUGCUGGUCUUAUGCAGUCUUGUAGUGUUCUUGAUCUAAAUGCUUUUGAACGCCAGAACAAAGCAGAAGGUCUUGGCAUGGUGACAGAAGAAGGAUCAGGAGAGAAGGUGAUGCAGGAUGAUGAAUUUACUUGUGACCUCUUCCGUUUCCUGCAAUUACUCUGUGAAGGACACAAUUCAGAUUUUCAGAAUUACUUGAGGACUCAGACUGGAAACAAUACAACUGUCAAUAUUAUAAUAUCUACUGUGGAUUAUUUAUUGAGAGUUCAGGAAUCAAUUAGUGAUUUCUAUUGGUAUUAUUCUGGAAAGGAUGUUAUUGAUGAACAAGGACAAAGAAAUUUCUCUAAAGCAAUUCAGGUUGCAAAGCAAGUGUUCAAUACUCUCACAGAAUACAUUCAGGGACCUUGUACAGGUAACCAACAGAGUCUGGCACAUAGCAGAUUAUGGGAUGCAGUGGUUGGUUUCCUUCAUGUGUUUGCCCAUAUGCAAAUGAAGUUGUCUCAGGAUUCCAGUCAAAUUGAGUUACUAAAAGAGCUGAUGGAUCUUCAGAAGGAUAUGGUGGUCAUGUUGCUAUCUAUGUUAGAAGGCAAUGUUGUGAAUGGAACAAUUGGCAAACAGAUGGUUGACAUGCUAGUGGAAUCUUCCAACAAUGUAGAAAUGAUUUUAAAAUUCUUUGAUAUGUUCCUAAAACUGAAGGAUUUGACUUCCUCCGAUGCAUUCAAAGAAUAUGAUCCUGAUGGCAAGGGUGUCAUUUCAAAAAGAGAUUUCCAUAAAGCAAUGGAAAGCCAUAAACACUAUACUCAAUCUGAAACAGAGUUUCUGCUCUCCUGUGCUGAGACUGAUGAGAAUGAGACAUUAGACUAUGAGGAAUUUGUGAAACGGUUUCAUGAGCCUGCCAAAGAUAUUGGCUUCAAUGUUGCUGUUCUGCUGACCAACUUAUCAGAGCACAUGCCUCAUGAUACCCGUUUGCAGACUUUUCUUGAACUAGCAGACAGUGUUUUGAACUACUUUCAGCCCUUCUUAGGGCGCAUAGAAAUAAUGGGUAGUGCAAAGCGCAUUGAACGAGUAUAUUUCGAGAUAAGUGAAUCAAGCCGGACACAGUGGGAGAAACCUCAAGUUAAAGAGUCAAAGAGACAGUUUAUCUUUGAUGUUGUAAAUGAAGGAGGGGAGAAGGAAAAAAUGGAACUUUUUGUUAAUUUCUGUGAGGACACCAUUUUUGAAAUGCAGUUGGCUGCUCAGAUCUCAGAAUCAGAUCUGAAUGAGAGGUCUGCAAAUAAAGAAGAAAAUGAGAAUGAGAAGCAUGAGGAGCAGGACCCUCGAAUGGGCUUCUUCUCUCUUUUGACUGUCAAAUCAGCAUUAGUAGCUCUCAGGUAUAACAUAAUGUUGCUCAUGAAAAUGUUAAGCAUGAAAAGCAUAAAGAAACAGAUGAAGAAAAUGAAGAAAAUGACCAUGAAAGAUAUGAUAAUGGCUUUUUUCUCCUCCUACUGGGGCAUUUUAAUGGGCUUAACACAUUUUAUAUCCAGUGUUUUUCGAGGUUUCUUUCAAAUCAUGUACAGUUUGCUGCUUGGAGGAAGCCUAGUAGAAGGGGCUAAAAAAAUUAAGGUGGCUGAACUUUUAGCGAAUAUGCCAGACCCAACUCAGGAUGAGGUACGUGGUGAAGGGGAAGAAGUAGAAAGGAAGCCAACAGAAGCUGCCUUGCCAGCAGAAGAUCUAGCUGAUCUGAAAGCUUUGUCAGAAGAUGGUGACCUACUGUCAGACAUAUUUGGUUUGGAUUUGAAACGAGAAGGAGGACAGUAUAAACUAAUUCCACAUAAUCCAAAUGCUGGCCUGAGUGAUUUACUGAGCAGCCCUUCUUUACCCCCUUUGCCUGAAGUACAAGAAAAAAUACAGGAGCAGACAGUGAAGGAAGACAAGAAGGAUGAGAAAGAAGAAACUAAAUCUGAACCUGAGAAAGCUGAAGGAGAGAAUGAAGAAAAAGAGGAGAAAGACAAAGAAGACAAAACUAAACAGAAACCAAGACAUCAUCAUAAACACAGGCAUGGUGAACCAGAAACACAGGAGUCGGCUUUCUGGAAGAAAAUUAUUGCGUAUCAACAGAAACUACUUAACUAUUUUGCUCGGAAUUUUUACAAUAUGAGGAUGUUGGCUUUGUUUGUUGCAUUUGCCAUCAACUUCAUUCUACUCUUCUAUAAGGUUUCUACAUCUGCAGUAGCUGAAGAAAAGGAAGUUCCAGUUACGAAUACUGUUGAAAACUUCAAGUUAAGCAGCCUAGAAAGUACUUCUCAUAGAAUCAUCACUGUACAUUAUGUCCUCGAAGAAAGUAGUGGCUAUAUGGAACCUACACUUCGCAUUUUGGCCAUUCUUCACACAGUCAUCUCUUUCUUCUGCAUCAUUGGGUAUUACUGUUUGAAAGUUCCACUUGUUAUAUUUAAGCGAGAAAAAGAAGUUGCAAGAAAAUUGGAAUUUGAUGGACUGUAUAUUACAGAACAGCCUUCAGAAGAUGAUAUUAAAGGGCAGUGGGAUAGACUUGUUAUAAACACACAGUCAUUUCCUAACAACUAUUGGGACAAGUUUGUGAAAAGAAAGGUUAUGGAUAAAUAUGGAGAGUUCUAUGGCAGGGAUAGAAUCAGUGAAUUACUGGGAAUGGACAAAGCCGCUCUGGAUUUCAGUGAUGCUCGAGAAAAAAAGAAACCCAAAAAAGAUAGCUCGUUGUCUGCUGUGCUGAAUUCAGUUGAUGUAAAGUAUCAGAUGUGGAAAUUAGGAGUUGUUUUCACGGACAAUUCUUUUCUUUACUUGGCUUGGUAUAUGACCAUGUCAAUCCUUGGUCACUACAACAACUUUUUCUUUGCUGCUCAUCUCCUUGACAUAGCAAUGGGGUUCAAAACACUGCGGACUAUACUGUCAUCAGUAACCCACAAUGGAAAACAGCUUGUGCUAACAGUGGGAUUGUUGGCAGUUGUAGUUUACCUAUACACUGUAGUUGCAUUCAAUUUUUUCCGCAAGUUCUACAAUAAAAGUGAAGAUGGAGACAUGCCAGAUAUGAAAUGUGAUGAUAUGCUAACGUGCUACAUGUUUCAUAUGUAUGUGGGAGUACGUGCUGGUGGAGGAAUUGGUGAUGAAAUUGAAGAUCCAGCAGGAGAUGAAUAUGAAAUUUAUCGGAUCAUCUUUGAUAUUACUUUUUUCUUCUUUGUAAUUGUUAUUUUGCUAGCUAUCAUACAAGGUUUAAUUAUUGAUGCUUUUGGAGAAUUAAGAGAUCAGCAAGAACAAGUUAAAGAAGACAUGGAGACCAAAUGCUUCAUCUGUGGGAUAGGUAAUGAUUACUUUGACACAGUGCCCCAUGGCUUUGAAACACAUACUCUACAGGAGCACAACUUAGCUAACUAUCUGUUUUUCCUGAUGUAUCUCAUUAAUAAAGAUGAAACAGAGCACACUGGACAGGAAUCCUAUGUAUGGAAAAUGUAUCAAGAACGAUGCUGGGAAUUUUUCCCUGCUGGUGAUUGCUUUCGAAAACAGUAUGAAGACCAGCUUAACUAAAGAGAUGACAACUGGCUCUUAAGAAACCAUCCACACCUCUCCUAACUCCUUUGGGAAUGUCUACCUGAUUCCCUGGAUCUAUUAAGCAGUGUGCCAUUUGGAGCACCAAAGCUUUUUUUUGAUGACUCAGCUGUCCUUUUUUCUUCUGUGUUUGCUUUGAGAACAAUGAAAACUUUAAAAACUUUUGAGACAAUAAAAAAAAUCCCACACAACACAACCACAUGCAUAACACGAACACAGCUGCACACACACAGAAAAGACUUGAGACAGCUUUUUUUUUUUCUGAGACUGCCUGAUGAUUCCCUUAACUAGGAAAACAUGUGAGGUAAUGUGAUAGCCACAUUCAUUCAGUCUAUUUGUUUCAUCAUCCUGGAAGGAACUCUGUAAUUUACAGAGUGCUGUAAAGGAUUGUUGUGGACACUAAGUUGUGGGGAAAUAGUGCCUUACUAUAUGUAGGAUGAGCUAUGCAGAAGAUGAGUGUAUGAUGACAUCUUAUAUUUUCGUUAAUUGUUCUCUAUCCUCCAAGUUAAUAUUUAUUUUGUCUUCUGGAGGGGCUGGGGAAGGAUUUGGCUGUGCACACCUUUUUAUUAUGACUACGGCGUGUCUCAGGAUAAAAAGUAGAGUUUUUUCUCAUUAAAGUAAAUUCACAGGUUUCUUCCUAUAUCUCUUACACUUAUUUUGGUAAUGCUCUGAUGCAACACUGCAACUUUAUGAAAUCUUUGUAUGAAAACAAAAAGACUGCAGAAAAAAUGGUAAAAAUCCUUUCAUUGCAUGUUUAUUAUGCAAGUUUAAACAAAAAAAGCAACCUUCUGAAGCAAGUUGAUCCAACAUGAGAACUCAUUCACGAUAAUAUUCAUAGUAAUAAAGUGUUGUGGGCUUUAUUGUACAUUUGGAACUGGUGUCAACAACCAACCAAAUAUGUAUAUGUUAUGAACUUGCCAGUAGUUUGGGUUUAUAUUUUCUUUUCCUAUUGUUUUUUUUUUCUUUAAAGAAUAUACCAUUUGUGAUCAUUAGUGAAGUUAAAUUUUUUUAGGCCAAUUUUUAAAAUCAAAGUUGAAGCAAUAGCCAUUCAGGGAUCUCAUCAGUUGCAUCAUGAAAUACCAAUGAUGUAUACAUCACUCCAUUUUGAGUCCUUUUUGAUUGUAAUGCCAGUCUUUACAAAUAAAAGGAGAGAUUUGGAAUGGAAGCAA